CUAUUUAUGUCGACUGUCGUACAGUUGGCUCAGUUGGAUACUGAGUAUAACGCCGAUUCGGUUGAAUGGUGUCAUUUCGGUGGAUACGAAGAUAUUGUGAGUUGUGGAACGUACGAGCUUGAAGAAGGAAAGGAGAGCGACGAGAGUCGGCGCAUUGGACUGUUGCAUUUGUAUCAAGUGGAAUCAAGUGGAGAAACGCAUGAUGUCAAAAUCGAAAAGUUGCAAUCAGUUAAAACGUCCGGUCUUCUUGACAUGAAAUGGCUUUCAGUGAGAAGGUUUCCAGUGCUAUUGGCAACAGCUGUUGCAUCUGGACAUGUAGACUUGUAUACUGUCAAGGAGGAUGAGGAUCUAUCAAAGUUGUCAUUGCAAAAACUCGGUAGCCAUCCUGUCACCGAUAGUCUCUGUUUGUCUUUGGAUUCUUCGUCUUCUGACUGUGGAGUACGGCUUGUCGUGAGCAAUUCUCCAGGAACGGUUGCGGUUCUCAAUGACACCGAGUCGGAGUUGAAGACAACAGUUAGCUGGAAGGCUCACGACUUUGAAGCGUGGAUAGCAACAUGGGACAGAUGGAACCAGAAUACUGUCUUCACAGGUGGUGAUGAUUGUAAGCUCAAAUUUUGGGAUCUACGUAGUCUCGAUCGGCCACAUCACAUCUGUAAACGUCAUACAAUGGGUGUCUGCAGCAUUAGCAGUCAUCCUAGUCAACCCCAUAUUCUCGCAACUGGCAGCUAUGAUGAGAUGGUGUGUGUAUGGGACACACGUAAUAUGAGACGAUCAUUAUGUGAAGUCGGUGUGGGUGGUGGCGUUUGGAGGCUCAAAUGGCAUCCAUCUGACAAACGGCUUUUGUUAGCUGCGUGUAUGCAUAACGGAUGCAACGUUUUGAGCUGUCAAACAGAGCUCGGGUCUAUCACAACAGUCGUGAGCUACCAGGAGCACAAGUCAUUACUUUACGGCAUUGACUGGGGAUAUACAAAUCUCAAAGGGAAUCAUCAGUCUGUCAUUGCUAGCUGCUCGUUCUAUGAUCGUAAAUUUCACAUUUGGUGUUAUCGUUGAGAACGAGGUGAAAUGAGUUGAACAUAGUAAUUACGCAAGGAUGUGUGAAGAAUAUUGGAAGGUGGAUCGGGGAAUGACAUGUCAAAGUACUCUCUAGCAAAAUCUAGCGACUGCUGUGACAUUUCUUACCAGAUUUAUGACGUUUGUUUACCAGUUUACAAUGCUGUAUACGCAUAACUCAAUCUUAACCAGUUAUAGUCAUUACCAGUUGGAUAUAACAGUGUACGCUCUAGAUGUUGAAGAAAGACUCAAAGUAACAUGAUAAUGUUUUGUGCUUGUA